GGUUGGUUGAACAAAGCUAGUGCCUCCUUAAAUGUUAUGUCUUUGGCUCCAUACCAGCCUCACUGCUACUUUCCACUCAGCUUUGACUAUCCCUCCUCCCAGUGCAGCACUCUGAGUGGCAGACCUGCAGUCUCUGCUAUGUCGCUGUGGUAUCUGUUCAGCGCCCUGGUCGGGGGGCCCGGCUCUGUCCUCAUUUCGGUCCUCCUCCUUAUACUAAGUGUGCGGCUCUGGCAUAAGUCUCGUCUUUGGGACCUCCAGUGCUGCUCCACGGAUCUGACUGGGAAGGUGGCAGUGGUGACUGGGGCCAAUAGUGGUAUAGGGAAGGUUGUGUCCCAGGAGCUGGCCCGCCGUGGGGCCCGUGUGAUCCUUGCUUGCCGUAGCCGUGAGCGUGGACAGCAAGCCCUGGCUGAGAUCCAAGCAGCCUCAAAGGACGCCUGCAUUCUGCUUGGCGAGGUGGACUUGAGCUCGAUGGCCUCCAUCCGGACCUUUGCCCGCUGGCUUCUCCAGGAGUAUCCUGAGAUACAUCUGUUGGUUAACAACGCUGCGGUCUGUGGAUUCCCCAAGACACUAACCCCAGAGGGUCUUGAAUUCACCUUUGCCACAAAUUAUGUUGGGCCCUUUCUGCUCACAAAUCUACUGCAAGGGUCCCUACAACGGGCAGAGUCAGCCCGGGUGGUGAAUGUGACUUCCUUUAUGCAAGAUUGUGGGUACAUUGAUGAGGAACAUCUAACAGGGGCUGGUGGACCUCUGACCUUCAACCAGAACUAUUACUGCAGCAAACUGCUUUUGACCUCGUUCACUGGGGAGCUUGCCCGGAGACUUCAAGGGACAGGUGUGACCGUGAACUGUGUGGAACCAGGUAUUGUCUACACGGGCAUCAUGAAGCACUUCUCUUGGUUAUACCGCUUCCUCUUCAAGCUCAGCAGCUUCUUCCUUAAGGAUCCUAAACAAGGUGCAAUCCCAGUCCUCUACCUGAGCUUGGCAAAGGAGCUGAAUGGCGUAUCUGGAAAAUAUUUUAACAGUUCCUGUGUGAUAACUCUUCCCCCUAAAGCUGCUCAGGAUCCUGUUGUGGCCCAAAGCCUCUGGAAUGCCUCAGUCCGACUAACCAACCUAGACAAGACGGACUGAUCCUCUGUGACCCCUGCCCUGACUUGCCACCUCCCCCAACUCGCAGCCCUUACUCUGAGUAUACUUGUUGUUGGCCAGCUCCAAGGAUCAAUCGUCUUAUCCACUUCCUCCUCUUGUUGGCUCAGUGGUACAAGGGUUCAGAUUACCCAGGGGACAGUGUCAGCUUCUACUUUAUUGCCAGUUCUCUGGUGGAAGUAUUCAUCUCUUGGGCAUUAGGAUCUCCAAGUCUACCAAGUCCCAGGUUGUGGUGAGGGGGAGUGAAACCCCUUCCAGUGAAUAGUCAAGGUACCAGUAAGAGAGGGAACUCCCACCUAUACUUCUUUGUUCCCAGACCUUUGCAUCCUGGCUUUGGGGAAACAACACCACAUAGCGUCCUCUGGAUUAAAGCAUAUCCCCCAUCCUGUAGGACAGCACCCCAACUUCCCAGGGUGUUGUCUCCCAGCUGCUACUAUAACUGAGCCUGCAGAUAAUCAUUCUGCCUUUCUAUCAACUAGCUGCUCUUGGUGAUGAGUCGUGCGAUAAAACCAAUGAAUUCUGGGAGUGAGAGCCUGUCGCUUCUUUCUUGGGGUCUUUGUUCAUCUGUAUCAAUUUUGAAAUCAGCCCUACAGAUUUCACACGCACACAAAUCCUUUUGGGACUGCAUUACAUCCACUUGGGAGGACUGACAUUUUUAUAAUAUUGAAUUCUAACCAUGAACAAGGUAUACUCAUAUCUAUUUAAAUCUUAAUAUCUUUACAAAAUUUAGAAAUAAUUUCAUCCAUAAAUAUCUUACAAUAGUUUUAUUAUAUUUAUUCCAGGUACCUUACUUUUCAUGCUAUUGUAAAUGGUAUUUUAAAAUUUGUAUAUUGAUCACAUAUUAAGCAGCUUCAUGAAGUUACUGAUUCUAAGAAGUUAUCUGUGGAUUCUUUUGUUUUUUCUACCUAGAAAAUCACAUCAUCUAGGAAUAAUAACAGUUUUAUUUCUUCCCUUCCAAUUAUCAUAACUUUAUUUUUUUCUCUAGAAAACCUUGAUGGACUUGAUAGUAUUAAACCAAACUUGCAUUUCUGAAAUAAACCAAACUUGAUCGUAGUGCUUCUUUUGUAUAGAUUGCUAAAUUUAGCAUACUAAUGUUUUUUCUUUAGAACUUUUUACUAUAUUCAUAAAUAAAAUUGGCUUUUACUCUCCUUGACUUA